AAUGGGAUUAACCUAUUCAGUAGGGCCGCACAUUUGUUUGUUCAUAGUACCAGUUGUGACACAAGAAACAGGACAGAAAUGGACAGAAAAGGAGCUAGGAAGAUUCAACAUCUGUCCAUCAGAUACUUUCGGGAUUUUAAGUUGUUGCUACGGUUACACCCGAGAUGAACACGGAUCCUGCACAGUCUGUCCCCCUGGAACAUUUGGAGCUAAUUGUGAAAGCAUCUGUCCUCGUGGUACAUAUGGAACUCAUUGCAAACUUUCGUGUGGUGACAAGUGUUCUGAAUGUCAUCAAGUUUAUGGAUGUCAAGAAAACCGGACCUCUUUUCCUGGGGAAAAGUAUAUGUUGACCCUUCACAAACACGAGUACCCUACAACUUGGCCUGUCAGUGCCAUGAUAGUGGUUACCGCAGUCUCUACCUGCCUGCUGAUGUGUUUAAUCAUACAAACUGUUGUCUGCUGUCGGAAAAGAAAAAAGAAGACAGGGUCUGAAAAUUUAACAAACGUGACAAAGAACACACAAUAUUACGGACUUAAACCAAACACAGGACAAAUACACAUGUACGCUGAACAGUACAAUGAUGUGGAGGAAUCCAGUACCCUAUCAACCAAAAACGUCACCUUACCGCAUCGGAAGUACGACUACGUUGAUGAACAUCCUGUAAGAAAACUAGAGAGUUCUACAGAAUUAAGAGGAAAAUCUAAUAACGGAACAAAGUAUUAUGGCAGUGAUGAGGAUAAUAUCAGAAGUAAAAAUAAAUCAUCAACCAGGGACCUGCAAUACAGUUUAGUUAAACCUGGAACUUCUUCACAAUUAUUCAGGCAAUCCACCGAUCAAUAUCUAGAAGGAAACGGAACAGAAGACUAUUUAGAUCCCGUUAAUGCAGAAUCUAUUGGUUACAAAAUGUGACUUGAUUAAGUUACGAAGUCCUCUAACAAUAAACAUAUAUGUCUUUAAUGAUGAAAGCAUAAAAAUCAAUGUCUUUUGAAGUACAAGCUAUCAGGGAAUCUAUAAGAUAGUGCGUAAUAGCUGGGAGUGUUUAUUUAACAAAAUGAUAUAAUCAGCCGUAAAAUUCAUGUUUGUAGUUAUUAUGAUUCCUUUAAAAUUAAAUGUAUACUGUUUAUGUAAAAGAAAUUCAAAAUUUGCUAAAUCGCCAUUUUGUCCCCCACUUUUGUGAAAGCGAGAAGACAUUAAAUCUCAUUUAUCUGUACGUCUGUCAGUUCGUCUCAUCUGUCACAAAUUUUUUAACCUUUGUCAUGACCUUUGAAUAAGAAGAGACAUUGCUUUCAUAUUUUACAUGUUCAUCACCCGUGACAAGACCUUUUCAAAUAUACUAUGAGCUUUGAUCUUGAAGUUUGACCUACUUUUAAUUUUUUUUUUAAAAUUACAUGUACUUUAAAUUGGUAUUGAAUUUUGACCUGGAAGUGAUUGGUGUGGAAAAAUAUUUAAGGCUUUCAUAUUACCUGUGACAAGAUGUUUCUGUACAAUGAUUUAUAACCCAUUUACCAUCACCCUUAUGUUUGACCUUAUUUAAAAAAAAAAACUUUGGUGAUUACUGUUGACUGGCAAAUGAAAGGGCGUUCAUAUUUGACGCAAUAUGCCAUUAAUACUGACAUCCAAUCCACCAAGACACCUAAACCUGGUGACCACAAUUCUUUGAAUUUGACUGUUUCAUUUUGUAUU